AAUGGGGACUCGAUAAAUGAAGGAAAUUUCCUACUAGAAUAUGAGCGCCAGACUUUUCCCCGUGCUACUAGAAUAUUUAUGGAGAAGAGUACUCAUGUUCGAGAAAAGUAUUCACCAAGUACAGUAUUCAUGUUCGAGUUGAUCAAGUCAACAACACGAGUCUCCAAAAGUCUAAAUAUUUCCAUAUGGUUUCCUACUCACCAGAAGACACAAAUUUAAAGAGAAUUGAUUCAGAAUGCGACAUAAGCUUCAUCCUGCUUUAUUAACGUUUACAAGUCGGAUAGAAUAGAGUAUGAUCCUGAUAAACUUCCUCCCAGGGGUCACUUAACUUGGUAUUAGCCUAUUAGGUAUCAGAGCUCAAGCACGAGACUCGAGUCUUGCAACCCCCAAUAUUCUCAUAUUCAGGGUUGAAAGAAGGCUUUGUUGAAGGGCAGAGUGGGCAUCUUCCACAGGAGGAAGUAAAAGCCCUACGUGAAAUAGCUAAUCAAGUGGGAAAAAAGGACUGGAAUUUCAGUGUAAAUCCUUGUGAUAAAGAUGAUCCAAACAUCUCAAAUUGGAACACUACAAAAAUAAAGGAAAUGCCACAGUAUAACAAUUCUGUACUCUGCAAUUGCUCCUAUCCUGGUGACAUAUGUCACGUUGAGAGCAUGUUCCUCAAAGGGCAGGAUCUUGAUGGUAUACCUCCACCAUCCUUAGCCAAGCUGCUUCACAUAAAACAUGUUGAUUUUACUCGCAACUACCUUCAUGGCAAUAUACCCCCUGAAUGGGCUUCGACAAAUUUGGAAUAUAUAUCAUUCACGGUGAAUCGUUUGUCAGGACCAAUUCCUGGAUACUUGGGAAAUAUUUCUACUCUCAGAUAUUUGAGCCUUGAACACAACAUGUUUAAUGGAACAGUGCCACCUGAGCUCGGGAAGCUAGCUAAUUUGAUAAACCUCACUAUUAAUGUUAACUAUCUUACCGGACAAUUGCCUAUGGAGCUUAGUAACUUAACUAACUUGGAAGAAAUGAGACUAAGUACCAACAACUUCAGCGGAAAAUUACCCGAUUUUCAGAGUUGGAAACAACUUGAUAAGUUAGAGAUUAUAGCUAGUGGUUUUGAUGGACCGAUACCUUCUAGCAUCUCCAGCCUGAGUAAUUUAACUGAGUUUACUUUUGCCUCUAUGCAGAUAUAUUACCAAUUUAAAUGGAGGGGCAUCAAAAUUUCCACAGCUAGAAAACAUGACAAAAUUGAAGACCUUUAUUCUUUGCUGUCUUACAGAAUGUUGAGGAGCUGUAAUAUAUCUGGGGAAAUACCUACAUAUCUCUCUCAAUUCUCACAGUUGCAGAAAUUAGACCUAAGCUUUAACAAUUUGGCAGGAGAGAUACACAGCGAUCUUACUGACCUAAAAUCUCUCGAGAUAUUGUAUCUCACUAACAACUCUCUUACUGGAAAUAUCCCGCAGUGGAUCAAAGACAGAAAUCCCGCAGAUAAUAUAGAUCUAUCGUACAAUAAAUUUUCUCUUGAGCCACAACCUUGCAGGGAUUCAUUAAACUUGUUCAGAAGCUAUGGGAAUAACUUGACGCAUGGCAAUUGCCUUGAUCGCCUUCCUUGUUCAGAGGAUCGGUAUUCACUGCAUAUUAAUUGUGGGGGGGAAAAAGUUACUAUUGGCAACAGAACUUAUGAAGGGGAUGAAGAUUCAGUAGGUCCAGCAAAAUAUGAUUAUGAAGAAGGAUACUGGGGAGCUAGUACUACAGGAUACUUUUUGUGGACUAAAGAAGUGUCAAAUGAUCAGUAUACAGCAAACAAUGCAUCUGUUCUUAGAAUGAAUGACUGGAAAUUGUACACAAGAGCCCGCAUGUCUCCCGUGUCAUUAACGUACUAUGGUCGCUGUUUAGCUAAUGGAAACUACACUGUGACACUACACUUCGCUGAGAUCAUAUUCAGGGAUAAUAUUUCUUAUCAGAGUCUUGGAAGACGAAUUUUUGAUGUUUAUGUCCAGGAUGAACUAAAACUAAAGGAUUAUGAUAUUGAACACGAAGCAAAAGGAGUUGACAAGGCAGUAAAACGAAAAAUUAAUGCAGUUGUAAAUGACAAAACUUUACAAAUUCGCUUUGUUUACACGGGGAAGGGCACAAACGCUGUACCUACUAGAGGAAUUUAUGGCCCUCUAAUAUCAGCCAUUUCUAUAGAAUCUGAUAAUCCUCCUAAACUUUCAAAUUCUGAUCAGAAACGAAAGAUUAUCAUUGCAGUCGUGGUUGUUGCUUUAGGAUUAUUGCUUCUUACUUUUUCUGGUAUUUCUUGGUGGAAGGGUUAUCUGGGAAGUCGACUAUCAAGGGAAGAAGCACUGAAAGGAUUGGAUUUACAGACUGGAGUAUUUACCUUUCAACAAAUAAAAGCUGCUACAGAUAACUUUGCUGCAGCUAACAAGAUUGGAGAGGGUGGUUUUGGACCUGUAUUCAAAGGUGUAUUGUUGGAUGGUACUAUAAUUGCUGUUAAGCAGCUUUCAUCAAAAUCAAAUCAAGGGUCUCGUGAAUUUGUGAAUGAGAUAGGCAUGAUUUCUGGUUUAAGGCACCCAAAUCUAGUAAAAUUGCAUGGAUGCUGUACUGAGCGUAAACAAUUAUUGCUAGUGUACGAGUUCAUGGAAAAUAACAGUCUUGCUCGGGCUCUGUUUGGUCCAGAAACAUCACGGUUGGAUCUGGACUGGGCUACUAGACAAAAUAUCUGCAUUGGUAUAGCUAGAGGGCUGGUUUAUCUGCAUGAGGAAUCAAUUCUUAAAAUUGUCCAUAGAGACAUCAAAGCAAACAACAUUCUUCUAGACAAGGAUCUCAAUCCAAAAAUCUCGGAUUUUGGUUUAGCCAAGCUCGAUGAAGAGGAAAACACUCAUAUUUCAACUAGAGUUGCUGGAACUAUUGGAUAUAUGGCACCAGAAUAUGCACUAUGGGGUUAUUUGACAGAUAAAGCAGACGUGUACAGUUUUGGAGUUGUUGCACUUGAAAUUGUUGCUGGCAAGAACAACAUGAAAUAUCGUCCAAAUGAAAAUUUUGUCUGUCUUCUUGACUGGGCUCUUAAUGUACAAGAAAAUGGGAACUUGCUGGAUCUAGUUGAUCAGAGAUUGGGUUCGAAUUACAACAAGGAAGAGGCGGUGAGAAUGAUCAAAGUAGCUCUACUAUGUACUAAUUCAUCUCCAGCACUUAGGCCAACUAUGUCUUGUGUAUUGAGUAUGCUUAAAGGUGAUAUGCGCAUUCAGAAGCUAAAACUUAAUCAUACAGAAAUGCAUGGGGAAGAUUAUUUAAAGUUUCAAGGGCUCAGAGAUAAGUAUGGUCAGGGCAUAUACGGAAGCUCAAGUGCUCACUCACAAACCUUUGGUGAUACAUCUGAUGAUAUAAAGUAUGGCUCUUCAUCUACAUCUGGUCAUGAUCUUUAUACAGUUAAUCUUCAAUCUCAGUAGAUAGAAUAUGCCCUAAACUGACCCAAGUUCUUAGAACUUGGUCAAUCUUUAACGAAGCUAGUGUAAUAGGCUUAUUAUAUCAAUAAUUUUGCUCUGUUACCCCCAUAUAGAUUAUGAAUUUGAACUCCAUGAACUUGUUUUUUCCUGGAAUGUAAUAUCUUCCUUAAAGUUGAACUCUUUUUACGUUUUGCA